AAUCAGGGUUAGUGUAAAUGUAGCCCAGAGCGGUCCAGGUUGCAACCUGGACAAAGUGUAGACUGGGUCUCUCCAGGCAGCGAAAUUUUCCAUCCACCGCAGAAGACGCAGGGGACGCUGCGCACCCGCAGGUGGCGCCAGCCCCGCGGUUGACGAAGAGGCGGAGUCUGCUGCCCGCGGGCUGGCUGGGCGCGCUGGAGGGAGGCUGGAGCCCCGCGUGGAGCUGGCGCCGCCCGGCAUUCGCUGAGUCUGCAACUUAAAGUCAGGUCACACCGAGGAGCCGGUAAUUGAAGCCACACUAUUCCAUAGGACUAAUGGAAAACAGACACACUACAAAUCAAGAGCUUUGGAACAUGAAACCUGGGAGAAAUGUAGAAGAAGAUGAUUAUGUGAAUAAAGAAUCGGGAGAGACCAGCAUGCUGAAAAGACCUGAGCUUUGUUACUCUCACCAACCAACCCAUUUUGACGAAUUUGAGUGUCCCCCAGAGCUGCAGCGUAAACAAGACCUGUUUCCAAAAUGGCGCUUACCAGUUAAAGUUGCUGUUAUUGUGUCAUCUCUCACUUUUCUUUACACUCUUCUGAGGGAAAUAAUUCACCCUUUGGUUACUUCUCGCCAACAGUAUUUUUAUAGAAUUCCAAUCCUGGUCAUCAACAAAGUCUUGCCAAUGGUUUCUAUCACCCUCUUGGCACUAGUUUAUUUGCCAGGUGUGAUAGCAGCAAUUACACAGCUUCGUAAUGGAACCAAGUACAAGAAAUUUCCAUAUUGGUUGGAUAGGUGGAUGUUAGCAAGAAAACAAUUUGGACUUCUCAGUUUCUUUUUUGCCGUACUGCAUGCAAUUUAUAGUCUAUCCUAUCCAAUGAGACGAUCCUACAGAUACAAGUUGCUAAACUGGGCAUAUCAACAGGUCCAACAAAAGAGAGAGAGUUCCUGGAUUGAGCACGAUGUUUGGAGAAUGGAAAUUUAUGUGUCUCUAGGAAUUAUGGCACUUGCAAUACUGGCUCUAUUGGCUGUGACAUCUAUUCCAUCCGUGAGUGACUCUUUGACAUGGAGAGAAUUUCACUACAUUCAGAGCAAGCUAGGAAUUGUUACCCUUCUACUGGGCACAAUACAUGCAUUGGUUUUUGCCUGGAAUAAAUGGAUAGAUAUGAAGCAGUUUAUAUGGUAUACACCUCCAACUUUUAUAAUAGCUGUUUUUCUUCCAAUUAUUGUCCUGAUAUGUAAAACUGUACUAUUCCUACCAUGCCUGAGGAAGAAGAUACUAAAGAUUAGGCAUGGUUGGGAAGAUGUCACCAAGAUUAAUAAAACCGAGAUGUCUUCCCAGUUGUAAAGUGACACUUCACACUUUUUUGUUCAGUGUUGAUAUAUUUUAUCAUAAGCAUUUCAAAUUUGUAUUUGUUUAAUAAAAUGCUCACUUGGAAAUCUUAA